CUGCGACACUGCAACAAAGAAAAACCACUUUGAGAACCGAAGGACGUGCCUUGCUGGUAAAUGAUCGAUCCGGGGCGAUCGUUGCUGCAACGACAAGCCUGCGAGAAAAGAUAUCUGGGAAACACGUCGCUCAGUGCAUUCGAAAGUAUUCGCAUUAUUACGCUCGUCGCAUAAUUAAUUCUCGUAGCGAGAGCAGGGACGAAUUUGACAAUUACAAAACUAUCUGAAGAACUACUUGAGAAAGAAAGCAUUCGUCGCGUAAACCGCGUGAAGAUAAGCGAUUCCACGAUACGAGAAGGGUCGGGAAGGAAGAAUUUCAGAAGAAGAUCGGACUCGGUGUCUUCGUCGAGGCGACGAAAGCUUUCCUUCGAACUUGAACGAACAGGGUCCAAGCGACCCGUACAAGAGAGCAAUCAUUGAUUCCGACGAGUCGACGGUAAUCAUGGGCGCCCAGGAAGAGGACACGAAAUCCAGCACCAUGGGUGGCGUGCUACCGGUAGUGGAAGUCGCGUCCCUGGUCGAGAAAGCCAAGUUCUACACGUCCCUCUGCCUGGGCAGCACAGCCAUUCUUGCCGUCUUCGCCUUCCUUUUUCUAAUCCCUUUCGUCGUCGAGCCGGCCAUCUCCACGAUUUUGGCCGAUUUCUCUCCUCACGCCGUGGCAUGCGUCGUCACUGACCACGUCUACGCCGAGGGACUGAAGAAUUGCUCUUGGGCAAGCUGCAGAGAAGGUUGCACCAGCGCGGCGCUCCGUUGCCAUCAGAUACGAGUGAACUACACGAGAUUAACAUUCGAAGAGUUCACUGCGAAACCUUUGGGUUCCAUACCGUGGGACGUGCCGGACACGAAAUUCUUCGUGAACACGGAGGGCUGCGGUUACCCACCGAGGGUGAACUGUUCCGAUUUUGCCAAGAAAUACGGAUAUUCCAACUUGGGGAAGAUAUUCCCCUGCUAUUACAGCAGGACAAACCCAGAGACUGUCGUCGCAAGGUACUCUUGGGAUGAAAACCUGAGGCAUCUAGUGCUAGCAUUGGUGGUGCCUACAGUGCUUUUUGGAGUGUCCCUCGGCGUGUUGUGUUAUUGGUACUGUCCACCGAUGGGCAAAAGUUGCGGAGGGCCAGGUCGUAACUUGAUUGACAAGUACGCGAGGAAGGAAGAGUAAGUAACGUUAUCCUGGGAGAGGAUGAGUUCGAGGAGGACGAGGAGGAAUACUGACUGCUGCCAAGGGCUCACCCCCCAGCGCGGGAGUGACGCCGAUGCAAUUACUGAAAAAUCCCCGUGGAGCGUGCUCCACGUUGUAAUAUCAAAGCGAUCGUUCGAAAGCAAUAGCAGCGUCAAGGAAAAUCCGCAGCAACGAACAUAGAAUGCAACUUGUUCAACGUAACUCGCGUCAGCUCCUGUCUGACCCUGUUUACACUUCUACUACUUCCGAUCGAUCUUAGCCUAUCGCGAUGCAACUGCACUUGCGCCUAAUCGAUUGCUUUGCAAUUAAAGGAAAUUUGGGUAACCACGCUGACUUUUUCCUCCUUUUAAUCUAUCUGUCUCGGGACCGUUCUCUCGAUUCUAAUCAAAUUGUUUCCCCUCAACGUCCCAUCAACUUGCAAUAAAUCAAAAUUAACGUUACAACACCUUUCGUCGCGAGCAAAAUGAUUCCUUUCUAAAGACGAAAGCGCGAAACAGGCCGAAAAUUAAUUUAAGAUGUCGUUACUGUGUUCGACCGCACGACGUCGGACCGUUCAUCAACAGUGUUAUCGUAUUUUUCGAAAGUAACGUGUUUGCCCCUUACGUGAAUCAAUAUACGCGCGAUAUUUUUACAACCGAGUUGCCGUGGAAACGAUCAAUCCCGCGUAACUGUCGUUCGAGUCGCGUGAUCGACGCGACAUUUUUUUCGAUGUCGAGCGUACUCACUUUUCCGAGAUUUUUUAUAUAUGACGUGCAAUAAAUUGUAAUUGUGAGAGGAGAGAGGAAGAAAGAGAGGGUGAAUUUACGUGGAGAAGUAGAUUUGGUUAAAUUAAUCGAAACGGCGAGCUCGGUCUCGAUCAUCUACCAGUAUUUUGGAACAUAACGAUGUUCAGAAAUUGUAAUUUAUGAUGUAACAAGGUGCGCCUUCCUGCAACGUGAUAACUUUUUAACGUAAGGAACAAAAAAAAAAAAAAAAGAAAUAUUCAAGUGGCACGUUUCUCAACGCAGCAUUCGUUCGUAAUAGAAUAAGCGAUGUAAGUAAUUUGUAAGUCGUGUUUAUGGUAAAAUGACGGGUAAAAUGACGUUUGAGACGACGGAUGUAAGAAUGCUAAUGCAAAGAAAUAAAAAAACGACGAAGCGUUUUUCGAAGCAGCACAAGCUAACGGUUUCACGUUGUUUCGAGCAAUAUUUCAAACAGUCGAAGAGAAAUUUGGAAACGUAAAAUAAUUCUGCGAAACAUCAUUUUACCCAGAUCUGCGUGCAUACGAGUUUGACGGUCGACGGAAAAACCGAGGAGGAGAAGCUUCGUACGUUUAUGGAAAGAGGAACAAUCGAUUCGUCGUGCAUUUCGACAAUGAAAGAAAAAUAAUCAAAAUCCUGUGCAGGCUCGUGUCACGCGAGUAUACGCGCCAGUACGGUCAUUUCGGCGUUUCUACUUUGAACGUUUAAAGA